AUGGAAGGCAACGAGGCUCCUCCCACUAGCUUGUCAACUUUGCCGGUUGAGAUGGGCCAUCACAUCGCCAGAUUCCUAGCCAAUCGCGAUAUCAAAUCACUACGCCUCACAUCUUCUUCGCUACGCGAUCGCUUCGCCUUGCGUUUAAAACGAGUCUUUGUCUCAGCAAGCCCCUGCAAUAUCAAGGUUCCCAAAGAAAUCAUCAUGAACGAAGGAAAUGAUGGUCUAAAAGGUCGGCCGUAUCAUGCUAUCCGUCAACUUGCUGCAGCCAUGUCACCAGCCGAGUGUUACCCACUCUUAUCCGAGUUGGUGCCUGGGGAAGAUCGUAUGUUAGAGUCUGGGGAGGAUGUCAAAGCAUUUGAGCAUACCCUCGGCAGAUUCCCUUCGUUCCGUCGAGUCACUAUCUCGACCAAAGCUCAUGAGAGACUAUUCAUGCCCAUGUACGAGACGCCCAUGAUUCGUUCAUUCCCGUAUGGCUUUGUGUAUCCCGUGCCUCGUUGUCGCUGGGAAACCCGGACCUCCGCCUUCUUGUGGAAAGAUGAGCAACUUGAGACCAAUCUAGAGUAUACUAUUGAUAGGCGCGGUGUGUGUAGCGCCCUGAGAAUCCUUGCAAGACAUGGAAGGCAUAACGUCUCCGAAUUCAUUAUCGAAGACCCGGUAGCGGAGGCGCCUCAUAUCCCUACCCCAUUCGAUGACCAAGGUCACACACUCACGGACUCUCUUUCACUCAUCCAGAGGCCCGGAUUUCGUAAACUAGAUCUAUAUGCCAACAAUUUGAGCUCGUGGUACGAAACUCUGGAGAAGGCCAAAAAUCUGAAGAGCCUUCGCAUCUCCAAUUGGAAGAGUCCUCACUAUUCAACCGAAGUUGCGUUUGUCUGGGAGCCAGAGCGGACAAAUGCUUACAAGAUUGGGCGUCAAGAUUUAAAUAUCGUUAUCACGGUCGUGGCCCCCUUAGCUUCCCUACGCUCUUUGGAGCUGUAUUGCGUCAUCUUUUUGAAUGAGGACAGGUUCGAGGACGAAACGUACAUGUACUGUUCGUUGAAUCCACACAACUUCCUCAAUGAGCUGAGGGGAACUGAAUGGCGGAGCCGGUCAUUGCGGCCAAAGGUCACCAUUCAGCUUGCCGAUGACGGCUGGGCGUACGGUAAGACACUGAAGCUUGACUCAGACAUCGACGAUUUUCUGUAUGGAGAUGGAGAAAACCCAUUUGUGCCGAGCAAGAUGGAGAUGGAUGAUAGUUGA